UUUGUAUCAUGUGACUUGUUAUUGAUUGAAGUUGUGAAUCACUCGUGUCGCCGGUAUAUAUCGCCAGUGGUGUAAAAUAGUUACUUACUUUGAUUUUUAAUUUUAAUAGAAAAGUGAAAAUGUCUCACAGAGCUACAAAGUCCGGAUUUGCUGCUGAAGCUCAACAGAAGAACCUUGAUAAAUUCGACAAAAACCUAGCUGCAGAGAUUUUACAAUGGAUCCAGACAACUACUGGAGAAUCUUUCAAUACAGCUGGAGACAUGGAUAACUUUGGAGCGGUCUUAAAAAAUGGCAUGUUAUUAUGCAAGUUAAUGAAUACAUUAGCUCCAAGUCCACAACUACAGAAAAUAAUUAAUGGCAAAGUUCCAACUCUAGCAUUUAAAUGUAUGGAAGUAAUAAAUCAGGCAGUGAUGGCCAUGGAAUCAUAUGGUGUACCUAAAACAGAACUUUUCCAAACUGUUGAUUUAUGGGAGGCAGGGAAUUUAACAGCUGUAUUAACUUGUUGUUCUGCAGUAGGAAGAAAGGCUAAAUCAAAAGGACAGGGCGGUAUUGGACCAAAGGAAUCUGCAAAGAACGAGAGACAGUUUACUGAAGAACAAUUACGACAAGGACAAAGUGUUAUAGGACUACAAAUGGGUACCAAUAAAGGUGCUUCACAAGCUGGCAUGAAUAUGGGAAACACACGACAUAUUAUGGAUUAGGAAAUCAAUCUCAUAAUUAUUAUUAUCUCUUUUGUUCAUUUUUAUCUUCAUUUGCAUUUAUUAGAUCUUGCCAUCAACUUUCUAAACGUUUUUUGAGGAAACAAAAAGGGUGCAAUUUCAUGUUACAUUGUUAAUAUGUGGGACCAAGAUGUUGUCAUCCGUCAGAUCUCCAAGGUUUUGUUAUUGUUUUGAAAAUGUUAUCUGUCAAAUUAUAUGUUAAUGUUUAGUCAUAUGCAAAUGAUAAGGGCAUACGUGAAUAUGAUUCUAAUACAGUCUACUUUCAGCAAGUUAACUAUAAUUUUACACCAUUUUUGUUACUAUUAUUAUGAAUAUUAAAGUUAUAAAAUAAUGUC